AUGUCAGGGAGGGGUCCGGGUAUAACUUUUACCAAUCCGUGUCAGCACGGAUUUCUGAGGAAUGUCAGGGAGGGGCUGAUCUUCCCUAGAGUCCCUGGUGCAACUGCCAGUCUCCAGAAGUCGGUUGCAGCAGAGGAGCUCAUAUCACGCCUCCCCUUCUCUCCCCCUCCUUCCUUCCUGCCUCAGGCGUUCCUGGCCCUGGAGGAGCUGCGCAAGAGAGAGUCCCUGUCGGAGGAGCAGCUGCUGGUAGCAGAGAAGCUCAUCUCUUGCAACCCUAACGUUUGGCAUGCUUGUGUUGUUCGCAUACGCCCCUGUCUUCCUCCUGCCACAGGCGUUCCUGGCCCUGGAGGAGCUGCGCAAGAGUGCGUCGCCAUCAGAGGAGCAGCUGCUGGCAGCAGAGAAGCUCACCUCGUGCAGCCUCAAAUGUUUGACAUGUUCGUGUUAUUCGUUUGCCCCCUUGUGCCUCAGGCCUUCCUUGCUCUGGAGGAGCUGCGCAAGAGUGCGUCGCCAUCGGAGGAGCAGCUACUGGUAGCAGAGAAGCUCACCUCGUGCAGCCUCAAAUCUGCGCAAGAGUGCGUCGCCAUCGGAGGAGCAGCUACUGGUAGCAGAGAAGCUCACCUCGUGCAGCCUCAAAUGUUUGACAUGUUCGUGUUAUUCGUUUGCCCCCUUGUGCCUCAGGCCUUCCUUGCUCUGGAGGAGCUGCGCAAGAGUGCGUCGCCAUCGGAGGAGCAGCUACUGGCAGCAGAGAAGCUCAUCUCGGAGGCAUUCUCCAUCAUCGACCGGUCGGUGAAGGUCAACGCCAUUCAUGAGAACAAGGGCGCGCGCCGCAAGGCUCGGCUCUCCCGGGCCAAGCGCGCUACGCUGGUUUCUCUCGGCUGGUACACUCCCGAGCCUGCUGCUGCCUAG